CAAACUUGUGACGUGGACUCACUGGCACCCUACUGGCACUGUCUGUACCACAUAUUUACACAUAUUACAUCACAUACCAUGCCAUUAAUAUUGACCGAAGUAACAUUCAACAAAUAUCAAAUUUUUAUCAGUUGAUCUGAAAUAUUGGCCAAUUUCUUAGGUCUUUGAUAAAAAUAAGAUUCAUAUUUGGCGUGUAUCAAGUGACUGAAAAAGUUUUAAUUUUCCUUCUUUUAAUUUUUAUACGUUUCGAGUUACUUCGUGUCACUCGGGUUAUUAAAAUGGAUAAAUAUCAGCCGGUUACUCAUGUGAUUUUUGAUUUAGACGGAUUACUCUUGAAUACAGAAACUCUUUAUUUUAAAUUGGAUUCUGCAUUAUGUGCAAAACACGGUGGAAAAUUUACGACUGAAAUUAAACGAAAAAUUAUGGGAACAACGGAGUUACGUUCUGCGGAAAUUAUCGUCGAAGAAUUGAAGUUACCUGUUACUCCUCAAGAUUACUUAUCACAAUUGAAACAGUCGGCGAUGGAGCAUAUAACUGAAGUGGAUGUGAUGCCGGGAGUUGAUGAGUUAUUUCAGCAUUUACAUGAAAAUAAUAUUCCAUUUGCCAUCGCUACCGGUUCAUCUUAUCAAAUAUACCUAAAGAAAGUACAAAAACAUGAGAAAUUAUUUUCAUUAGUCGACCACAUAACAGCUGCUAGUUCAGAUCCUGAUGUUAAAAAUGGUAAACCUGCUCCUGAUGUGUUCCUAGUUUGUGCAGAUCGAUUCAAGGAUAAGCCACAUCCGAGUAAAUGUUUGGUUUUUGAAGAUGCUCCAGCAGGCGUUACUGCUGCUGUUAGUGCCGGAAUGCAAGUCGUAAUGGUGCCAGAUGAAGAUUAUAUUACUGAUGAUUUAAAACGAGACGCAACUGUGGUUCUAAAAUCAUUGAAAGAUUUCCGUCCCGAGUGGUUUGGUCUCCCUCCUUAUCCUGAAAAGAAAGAAUAAUAAAUACUUCUCGAUUUUAUAAUACUUUAAGCAUGGAUUUACUCACUCUUUCAUUAAAUAAUUUAUUAUGAA